CUACACUGAAGCUUCCACGCUUAUUGGCUCGUGCUGUGGCGGCUGCAUGUGAAACGUGUACGUACAGCAGGCAGAGCUCGAGCUAUGGGCCCGUCUGAGCCGAACGACGGGAAGUUAUGCUAAAGGCGUCUCAAAACCAAGGUUUCCGAAUGGAUAGUGUGUAGUAAACCUUCGAAAACAUAUCAAACUUUCAGCAAUGGCUUUGCCCGAGAUCCUUACGUUUGUGUUGUUCUCCGGGCUGUUCGUUAUUCAGCCACUGCCAACAUUAGCAUGGGACGCAGAUCUGGAGCUUUUCGAUCUAGUAGAGGAAAUCCCCCAAACCUUCUACGAAUUUCUCUCGGUUAAUCAGGAUGCGUCCUCCCCUGAGAUCAGGAAAGCAUAUAGAAAGCUCUCGCUUACAUUACAUCCAGAUAAAAACAAAGAUGAAGAUGCAGAAAACCAGUUUCGACAGUUGGUUGCCAUUUACGAAGUUCUCAAGGAUGAGGAAAGAAGACAAAGGUAUGAUGACAUCCUGGUUAAUGGGCUGCCAGAUUGGAGACAGCCUGUCUUCUACUAUCGACGUGUUAGGAAGAUGAGUAAUGGAGAGUUGGGCUUCCUCCUCUUCCUCAUUCUGACUGUUGGUCACUAUGCAGUUAUAUGGUCCAUCUACCUUGAGAAGCAGUUGGAUGAACUUCUGAGCAGGAAGAAGAGAGAGAAGAAGAAGAAGCAAAGCAGUAAGACAGCAGAGGAGGUUAAGUCCUUAGGACAGGACAAAAAUGAGAGAUCUGACAGGCCACACUGGCAUGACAUUCUGCCUCUUAAGUUAAGCAUCUGGUUGUACUAUUCAGUGAAGUCUCUUCCUCAUAUCAUACAGGAUGUGAAGCAGUAUUAUAAAGAUUAUAAGGAAAUGAAAGUAAAAGAGAAGGAGGCAGAGGCUCUGGCAGAACAGGAAAUGCAGCAGAAAGAAAAACGACCCAAGGUGAAGAAACCUAAAGUGGAGUUUCCAGUCUAUGAACCCAGUACAAAUGCAGCUUUCGUGCCAACAUAUGAUCAGGGAACGUCCAUUGAAGAAAUUGAAGAUCAAAUGGAUGACUGGUUAGAAAACAAAAAAACGCAGAAGAAGGUUCACGAGUGGACGGAGGAGGCUCUUAGCCAGCUCUCUCGCUGUAUGGCCAAGUUUCCUGGUGGAACGCCAGGCCGAUGGGAGAAGAUUGCACAUGAGCUAGGCAGAUCAGUAAAUGAGGUGACGGCAAAAGUGAAGCAAGUCAAAGACUCUGUGACCAAUACUUCAGGGUUGGUGAAGCUUUCUGAGCUGAAGGGUGGUGCAGUGAUGGUAAAGAGCUCCAGAGCUGUCACAGUCCCUGACAGUCUGAUGACCCAAAGAGAGCAGCCCUUAGAGCAGCAGCAGCAGCCGGAGGAUUCGGGAGAGUCCGUUGGGGCAGAGGACUCGGAGAACAAAGCACUCAGGAGGAGGACAAAAAAGUCUGCAGCCGGGAACACUGGAACUGGAGCAGUGGAGGAGAGGGUGAAAGGACGCAGACAACGAGACUUCGACCCAACAGCUGUGGAUGAAGACAGUGAAGAUGAGAAGAAACCACCAUCCUCCAAAGAAAAACCCAGUGCUGCUGAUGAUGUCUGGACACAGAACCAGCAGAAGCUCUUGGAGUUGGCCUUACAGCAAUACCCACGAGGCACCACUGAACGCUGGGACAAGAUCGCUAAGGUGGUGCCUGGAAAGACCAAGGAGGAGUGCAUGUCCCGUUAUAAAGUCCUGGCGGAGCUGAUUCUGAAACGGAAGCAGACUAAAAGCUGACUCCUGGUCCUCAGUAUUUCACCGUACCUCUCACCUGCUUGUUAUGUGCCUUAAUGCAACCCUACAUCCUAUUGUUAGACUAUGUGUCAUUUUCAGCGGAGCCUGAAACGUCAGCAUUAAUUAUUGGAAAUAUCCAAACUGCCCAUUUAAAGAUGCUUUUAUUUAUUUUAGUAUCCAUUUCAGAUUGACUCGUUUUUUGUUUCUCUAUGCAACCAUUUGAGGAGCAAAAGAGACUCGUUUUAAUUUUUAUUUCCCCUCAAUUUUGAGGGGGAUUUUUGUUUUUCAGAAGCAUGUUGUGAUGUAAUCUGUUUUGGUCAUUUGUUACAACAUAAAGUAUUUGCAAUAAUUGAGGUAUCA